UGUUCCUCUGGCUAGAGACUCUUGUCUUUAGAACCUUUUAACAUGUAUCUCUAUUUGAAAAAUUAAGAAUAAAAAUUCGAGAAACAAAAUAGAAAAUACAUAAUAUAUGGGAACCAACCAACAAAUACAUCAACCAACAAAAAAAACAAGCAAAAAUUCAGCCAUAAAAUGUAUCAACCUACCCUAAAAUUAAACCAACCGAAUUCAACCAACCUAACUCAACCAAAAACUAACCAACCAACUAACCAGGUGACUAAGCUACCAACUAACUUACUAACCAAUGAACUAACCAACCAACCUACCAACCAACCAACCAACCAACCAAACAACCAACCAACCAACCAACCUACCAACCAACCAACCAACCAAUCAAUUAGUCAACUUACCAACAAACUAUCUUACCAACCAACCGAUCAAAUAACAAAAAAAUCAACCUACCAACUAACAAACAAAUCAAACCAACAAGCCAAGCAAAAAUCAACCAACCAACUAAAUAAAAGUAAAUAUUACAUACUUGUACGUUCUUACUAAAAUAUGACAUCGAAAUGUUGCAGCGGGUUAUUCGAUUGCUUCCUUGUGUUGUUAAUAAAAU